AUGGGUUCAAUCACAGCAACACCACCAACCCAACACCCGCCCUCCCAGCUUUUCGCACCCCUCAAACUCGGCAAUCUAACCCUCGCGCACCGCAUAGUAAUGGCACCGAUGACACGCUUCCGCGCCAACGACGCACACAUCCCCUCUCCACUAGCCGCAACAUUCUACGGGCAACGCGCCUCCGUGCCCGGCACGCUGCUCAUCACCGAAGCGACCUUCAUCUCCCCGCGCGCCUCGGGCUUCCCCAACACACCGGGGAUCUUCAACGGCGCACAGAUCGCAGCCUGGAAAACCGUCACCGACGCCGUCCACACCAAAGGCAGCUACAUCUUCCUGCAGCUCCAAGCCCUCGGCCGGGGCGCCGACGCCGCGCUCCUCAAGACCGACCCGGAUGGCCCAUUCGACUUCGUCUCCUCAUCCGCCACCCCCAUCGACAGCACACAACCCGUGCCACGUGCCCUCAGCACCUCAGAAAUCAAAUCCUACAUCGACGACUACGCGACCGCGGCACGCAACGCCAUGGAAGCCGGCUUCGACGGCGUCGAGAUCCACGGCGCACUGGGCUUCCUGAUCGACCAGUUCACGCAGGACGUGAGCAACCGGCGCGACGACGCGUACGGCGGCAGUGUCGAGAACCGCAGCCGCUUCGCGCUCGAAGUCGCGCGUGCGGUCGUCGACGCGAUCGGCCCCGACCGCGUCGGCGUCCGUCUGUCCCCUUACAGCACGUUCCAGGGCAUGAAGAUGGCGGACCCGGUCCCGCAGUUCGUGCAUUUGGUGCAGGGCCUGAAAGACUUGGGCAUCGCGUAUCUGCAUCUCGUGGAGAGUCGGGUCGUGGGGAACGAGGAUGUCGAGAGCCAGGAUGAGGUCGUCAAGGCGGAGACGUUGGAUGUGUUUGUCCAGGCUUGGGGCGGUGUGGGUCCCGUGCUGCUUGCGGGCGGGUUCACGCCUGAGAGUGCUAAGAAGGCUGUGGAUGAUGAGUUCAAGGGCAAAGAUGUGGCGAUUGUGUUUGGCCGCCAUUUUACCGCGAAUCCGGACCUGCCGUUCAGGAUCGCGAAUGGUAUUGCGUUUGCGUCAUAUGAUCGACCCACGUUCUAUGGCGGGCAAGAGAAGGGUUAUACGGACUUUGCUUUUAGUGACGAGUUUGUGCGGUUGCAGAGCAAGGCUUGA